UGGUGUCCUCUUUUUUUAAGAAAUGUGGAAACAAUAGAGCGCAGACUGAGCAGGAGCCUUUUUCUUUAUCUACAGGAAGUCUAAGGGUGAAAGAGAAACUGAGCGGCGCGAGAAAACAGGAAGAGAAGAUAGCGAGUUUACGAUCAACUUUUGAAACAAAAUGGCUACAACCGAAAUAGUGAUUCUUGAUGCACUUCAGGAGCUACUGGAAGACGAGUUCAAAGAAUUCAAAUGGCACCUCUCAAAUAGUGGGACAAAAGACAACUCUAUUCCUCGUGGGAAGCUGGAGAACGUUAAUCGGCAUGACCUUGUGACUCUCAUGGUGCAGCAGUACAAAAGUUCAGAUGCCGGGAAGAUCGCAGUCAGAGUGCUAAAAAAAAUUAAUCAAAAUGAGCUUGCUGAUGAACUGAAGAAAAAACUUCUGGAAGUUCCAGAUGACGUUGCUGCUGAAGGUGGAGCAUCAUCCGGUGCAGCAGCUGCAAAAAAUUCAACUGCAAGAGUUAACGUUAGCAUAAACUCCUCCAGUGGAGGGACUGUAAAGGCCCCUGUUAUUCACGGUGGUGUGUUUAACGGCCCAAUGAACUUCAGCUAAUGCUCAAGCACCUGUCUUAUCUUAUAACAAUGAUUUUAGUAUUUACAUCCUCAGAUUUGAAAUGAAACCUGAUUGUGGCUUCUGAUUCGUUGUGCUAUUAGGCUCAUUUAAUAACAACAUACAUAUUUAUACAUGAAACAAAAUAGAAAUUGUGUUUACAGUGUAUUUGAAUUUAAAACAGUAUAUGUAUUAGUAACAGUCUGAUUAAUUCUAAACAGUAAACUCUUAAUUGGCAGCUUUCUAAUGAUACUGGAAUGUGAAUGACUAUGACCAGCAACAUUUUUAUUUCGGGAACAUCAUUUAUGUACUUCCCUGCCAAAUUGGGCAGCACCUGAGAGGGGAGCUGCCGAUGUGUGUAUCACAUAUUCAUUAAAAACAGCUGUAAGCACA